UCAUAGUCUAGGAAGAUUCCGGUUUUGACAAGGGGGAUUGUUGGAGGUUUAGGGCUGAAAUGGCAAGCAAAUUGGAGAAAGAAAGGGAGAAAAAGGAAAGAAAUCGCCGUUUCUUUCAUCAUUUCCCGCAUGACAUCAUAUUGUUUUGCCUUUCCUUCGGCCUCGGCGUUUGCUUGCUUCGAUUUCAGCAACAUAGUGUUGUUUCCUGUACAAAUAACUGUUUUCAUUCGCGGCUUGACUUCCCCUCCUCUUUCUCCCUUUCCUCCUCUUGUCUGUGCUUAUUUCUUCCAUCUGCUUGCUUGCUUCUUGCUUACCUGCUUGAUUCAAUUCCUGAUCCACCCGUGGUUCAUCCGAAUUGAGUUAAACAACCUAUCUGGUGAAUGCCUGGACCCUGGUUGGGCCCCGAAUCCUUCCCUUUGCUUUCCUCAUUAUUAAAGCGUUGACUGCAUUCUCUCUCCUCCUGCAGUCUGCCCAGCCCCUCCUUCUAGUCCCUUCUUAUCUUCCCUCUUCCCUCUCCCCUCUUCCCCCUCCCCCCUCC